AUGGACCAAACAAGCUCUGAGGAGGCGCACGGAGACGAUUUUGCCAGCCAUCGACGGAAACGCCUUGUGGACGUCAUUGAUAUCGUCCUGGACAACGUAAAGAGGCACAAGCCAUACACCGAUGCUUUCCAAAAUAAAGAGCUAUGCGUUCGCUGCUCGAAGCUCGGCUUGAGCGAGAAGAAGUUCGUCAUCUUCGAUCAUUCUUCCAAUCGCAGCCAGCAAGCAUAUCGCUCCACGCUUGCUGGAACCAACGGCAAACCCUCAAAAUCCGAGUUCGCCCUGGGGCCUGGGUCCGGUCGUCAAGUGCUUGGAAAAGCGCGCGAAAUACUUGACCGGUCCAAAACAUGCCCGUUUUGUCUCCUUGUCAUUAAAUCUCUGCCUGAGCGAGCUAGUGAUCUCAUUCAGGAUGCCGGCACCGAAAAAGGAACCAAGACAUGCUUUGCAAGCUGGCAGAUUGAUGGACGUGAGUUCACGCGGGAAGGGGGGAAGAUUCUAGAAAGCCGGCCUCGAACAAGGCGUCUGCGCCUCGAAUGGAGCGACAACGUGUUCAAGGCCAGUUACCUCGUUCUUGUCGCGCCAGAAGCGAAGCAAGGCCAUGAUCCAGUCACACGAAACCUUUGGGAAUCGGACGCUUUCUUCCUGGGCCGUUAUAUCCCUAGCGCUGGGAAGAAUCAUGCGCUUGUCAAGAGAUGGCUCAGCAUCUGCGACGAGCACCAUCAAGGCCUUUGUCGCGUCGAGAAGGACCACAGGUUCCAGGAGAUGAUCUCGAAGCCGUUCUUCGGUGUCGUUGAUGUGCACCAAAUGUGUCUCACCGCAUUACCAAAAGAAGACCGGUAUAUCGCCCUCAGCUACAUGUGGGGCAGCGAAAACAUGUACACUACAAAGCUAUCGAAUAUUGCGAACCACAAGGAGCCUGGGGGACUUGAGAAGGCCUUUAGAUCACUGCCUCACGUGAUCAGGGAUGCCAUUCAACUCGUACGAAGCUUGGGAGAGCGAUACCUGUGGGUGGACUCGCUGUGCAUUGUACAAGACAGCCCAAGAUCGUGGCAACACAAUUCCAAAGUCAUGGACCUUGUGUAUGGCAAUGCACACCUUACAAUCUGCGCGGCAGACGGCAAUGGGCCCCUGGACGGCCUGAAGGGCAUUCAUCCCGAGCGUGUCAUCCGGCAGUAUGACGAAACUUGUGCUCCUGGGGUUCGGCUCAUGGUAUCCCAUCUGGCCGAAACUUACAUCGAAGAAUCGACAUGGAAUACACGUGCGUGGACCUUCCAGGAGCGCCUCUUAUCCAGGCGGUGCCUCAUUUUUACUGGCAGCCGCAUCUACUUCCAGUGUCACAGCACAGCCAUGUCUGAGGACAUCAUCGCAGAGUGUCCCCAACAUGCCUGGUCCUUGGAGCUUGUCCAUAGCCCACUCCAGCUACUGGACGAGCUAGGCACCCGCGCGCUGCGUGUAUACGUGGCUUGCGUCGAGAUGUACACAAGACGAACGUUGGGACGUCCCAAAGACAUACUCGCUGCCUUUAGUGGCCUAGAAAACUCUAUCGGAGGCAAAAUGGGAUCCCCAUUCGUCUUCGGCCUGCCCAGCUCGCAUUUUGACCUGGCUCUUCUGUGGGAGGCCGACGGCCCUGUGAGGCUCCGAAAAAAGAAAGACAAAGAAGACGACGCAGACUACGGUCCGAUUCAGUUCCCUACGUGGUCGUGGUGCGGCUGGAUACCCUGUGAAUCUGGAGCAGCAGCGAUCAGAUACACCAUACCCGCCAUCGAACACUGUCUGGACAACGUCCACCAGUGGCUCAUGCAUCACACUUGGAUCAACUGGUACAUCCGAGACGGACAUGGUGCGCUUCGGGCAGUAUGGGACGGCACAAGAGCGGCAGAUGAGCACCAGAAAUCUCAACCCCAAUGGCAGGGCUACAAAAAGCCCAACUUGAGUCCCAACGACGCUUGUUACGACAGCUACGGCAGGACCGUCUCGAACGAUAUCUCGGCUUUGACCCGCAAGCGCCACGAAAAAACGCUGCCCGAGUACCCUUACUGCAACAGCGUCGCGGAGCCCGGCGCACAGCCAGACCAGGUCUUCCCCGAUCAGCGGUAUCUACAGUUUUGGACGUGGUCGGCCUGGCUCCGACUGCUGCCGCGAGAUGCGUUUGACACGGGACCCGACGCGGGGCCGCCGGGCGACGGCCAGCCGCAGCUCCGUAGGUACGAUAUUGCUGAUUACACGGGCGACUGGUGCGGCACGAUCAAGCUCGACGAAGCAUGGGCUGACAGCAGGCUGGAAGGAAGGGGUUCGGAGCUGGAGUUCAUUGCCAUCUCGGAGGCGAAGGGCUUCACACAGGAAGAGCAAAACUACACGUGGAGCUACUACGUCCCGAGGAAGGAAGAGCAUUCCGAGUGGGAUCUGUAUUUCGUGCUGCUCAUCGAGUACAGCAUGGGCUUUGCGCGGCGAGUUGGGCUGGGCAAGGUUUUCAAAGAUGCGUUUAACAAUUCUUGUCCGCCCGGGAAAACGUGGAAGGAGUUCAUAAUGGAAUGA